GGCGGCCACAGCACCCUCCGUGCGCAUGCCUUGGCGCGUUAAGUGUGGAGCGUUGAAACUAAUGAAAUGUCACCUGUGCAUUAUAAAUGAGUUGCUCUUGUACAAUAUGAGCCGCGCGUCGCAUUGUCCGACGGUGCGUCGCCGAGCGACGGUGGCCCCGCGCACUCGCCACUCUCGCCACUCUCGCCCCGCCCCCGCCGCCGCCAUGCCGAUGCUCAGGAUCGAGACCAACCAGACGCGCUGCCACGUGCCCAAGGACUUCCACAAGACCACCACCGAGCUGGUGGCCAAGCUGCUGGAGAAGCCGGCGGAGCGCUGCUGUGUGACGGUGGUAACGGACCUGAACAUGAGCCGCGGGGGCAGCACGGAGCCGUGCGGCUUCGCCCAGCUCAUGUCCAUCGGCCAGAUCGACGAGGAGCGCAACAAGCGCUACGUGGCCGCGCUCACGUUGCAUCUCGAGAAGUUCCUCGGCAUCUCCAGGAAAAGAUUGCUGAUUCGUUUGGUUGACGAAAAGCCAGAGAAUCUUGGCAACUGCGGAACUACUUACAAAGAACUUCUACAGGAAUACAAACCGAAAAAGAAGAAGAAGCAGCACGGCUCCUCCUCUGAAAGCGGAAGCGACUCCGAUUCAGAUGAGAAGAAAAAGAAAGUUAAUUUGUAUAUGAUUCUGAUUGACAAGGAUUGGACUCUUUCAAAGCGAAAAUUAAAUGCAUUGCACUCCACUGAAGAAAUAAAACAAAUAAUUUCAUUCAAGAGUUUUGAAUAUCUCUUUGCAAUUCAAAAUCUCUUAUUGCAUUCUGCUUAACAACAAAUAAAAAAUGCAAAUGUGUCUAAUUUUUUACUCCUUGUAGAAUAAAAA